AUGUCAAUGCCUAACACCGAGAUUGAAUGUGCUCGAAACAUUGCCCUUCUUUACUACCUCGGUAGAAUUGGCUGCAAGCCCCAAAGGAACAGCAUUCAAGACUGCGAGCCUAUGUGCAAGGCAGACAUCAACAGGGCACUGUCUUUGCAGGAUGAGAAGUUACUCACAUCAACACUGGCGUUUCUUUCGAGUAUCCGAGAUGAUGCUAUGAGGGUCACAGCAGUCUGUGUAGAGGAGAAUAAAUCUAGUGUUGUGGUCAUGGUUGCAGCCAAUGCAAAGGAUAGUCAUAACUCACCAUCAUAUUUUGACGCUGCCAAGGAAGGGUUUGAUAAGAUAUUCAGAUCACUCAGUUUGUCUGGAGACUCCAGUCAGAUUAUCCGCAUUGUCAUCUCUAUGUGUCGAAGCCGAUCAAUGAGCAGAGUGAGAUUCAUCAAGCGCGGCCAAAGACAAGGCUUUGAUCCCGUAUUAAAGAAAGUCAAGAGAGAGAUGGCUCAAUUCACAAUGGAUGACGACAAGAAGGAGUAUAUGAGACUGGGCCAAGUGCUUAUUUCCAGUUUGGAUGAUGUUCAAAUCACGUUGGCCAGAGAUCCAUCCAACACAUCAGCAUUGGACAAGAAGUUGGAGUUGAUUAUCAACACAUUUGGCGAUAUCUCGAGAACAUCAAGUCUUCCAACAAUGCUGCUCCAAGAUACUGGACCGAGGAUGGAACCGGAUUUGUGCAUGAAGCUUUCGAGGACGUAUUCGAUUCUUGGAGAUACUUCCACUAUCCCCGCCAGACUUGAUGAAACAGCAUUCGGGAAGCCACCAGCAGAAACCAUGAUCUUCAAGUUGGAAGAGCAUUUGAAGACGCUCAGAAAGGAGUACAACACCAAUUGA